GAGCUCAAAAGGAUUUGCAUUCAGAGCCGUAAAACGUAUUAAUAAAAAAAAAAAAACUGUAGAGAGAUAUAUAUAUUUUAAUAUUUUACUGUUUUAAAUGCUAAAAAUUUUUAAAUAUUAUUAUUUGGUCAAAAUGCCAAAAAUUAAUAUAAAAAUAAAGAAAUAGUAGUGAUGCUCCGUAAUUAAUAAUACAACAGUGUUAAUAGAAAAUAAUUAGCUUUUCGGACUUGUAAAAUUUACUAUGAAUAAAACCAGAUUAUUAUCUGGCGAGGAAAUUGUAUCUAAAGGAACAACGAAAACGAAUGCCUCUUUGCCAGAACACGGCUUGAAAGAUGUCACAUCAAAUGGAUCGUGGCUGGAACAAAAACAAAUACAGAGUGCUUUAGAAGCAAGAAAACAGUUGAUAGAAGUAGAUAGAAUUGAAAAAUGUGGUGUGCUAAGUCAUGCAAAGUGGCGGGAGGACCUGAUGCUGGCAGAAGUAACCCAGAACACAGGUGGCCACUGGCAGUAUUUAGGGCAUUGUGUAGAUAAAUGCCUCUACCUCAAACCUGAAGAGGCUUUAUUUCUUAUUGAAGUGAAUUGUUUACUACUUAAACAUAAUGAUAUUGUUGUGUCAUUACAACAAGCAUAUUCAUUAUUACUUCGUGAAAAAAAUGCGCUUCUUCAGUAUAAAGUUUAUUCAUACCUUAGUAGAUUAGGGUAUAAAGUUUUCAGGCAUGUUAAUUCAUUACCAAAUCAGAUAAAAAAAUUGAGUGGUUCUGAACAACUAAGUAAAACUAAUACUGAAGAUAAUGCUGAAAAUAAAUUAUCAAACAAUAAAAGUGAUAAAUUAGAGGUAACUGAACCUGUGAUUGAUGAACAAGAAAUUCAAUACAAUGAAAUUAGCGAUACAAUAAUAAACAAUAAUGUAACGCAAACAAAUGUUCUAGAGACCGAAGUAAGCUAUUCAAUGGAAAUAGAUGAUGCACCAACAGUUAAUAAUAAAAUAAGUAAAGAAAACAUAACAUUACAAUUAGCAAAUUGUCAAAGUAAACUGCAAAAACUGAAAAGAAGAAAAAUUCAUGGUCCACACUAUAUGAAGGAUACACAGAAAUAUUAUGAAAAUAUUCCUGAUUUAUUUAAAAAAGAAACUAUUAUUGUACAAGUUCCAAAACAAGAACAUUUACCAAAUAACAUUGUUCUUAAAAAAUCGGAAUAUAAUCUAAAAAUAUACAACAUAAAAACAAAAAAUAUUCAACCUCCAUCAACUUAUUCAGAAACAUAUAGUAUAAUGGAUGAAGAUACAGGAGCUAGAAGAAUAGAUAAUGUAAUGAAUACUAGACAAAAUAAUACAACACAAUUUUUUCCUUCCUUUACUCAAUUUCCGAGGUACUCUCAAUUUCCAAGACACACUUCAUUUCCAAGACACACUCAAUUUCCAAGACACACACAAUUUAAUCAAUAUAACGCUUGGACUCCACGUUUCAAUUUUAGCUAUUGUAACUUUAGUUUAUUCUUUCAAAGAUCAUUCCAAAGGCCAUUAUUCCAUAAUCCUUUUCUCCAAUCAAGGUUUCUGUUUUAUCCUAGAAUUCCCGAACUCGUUAGACCACAGUCAAAUAUGUCAAAUUAUAAUAUUAACCAACCAAAUAGUCCACGGAAAAGAAUUAGAGAACGUAGUAGUUGCAACGGCCAAACUUACCAUUUGAAUAACAUAAAAAAAUUGGCUAUGAAAAUGAAAACGCGGAAACUCGUAAUAGGGGAAAUAAAACCAAGUAAUAUUCGUUGGCUCCAAAGGUUAGCGCAAACAUACAACGCAAGGUUCAAAGAAAAUAUAAGAAUUACAGAAGAAUUGGAUGUUGUUCAUGACAUAUUAGAAACUAUUGAAUUAGAAGAUGAAGAAGAUACAGGGAACAAAAAAAUGAAAUUAGAUUCAACUUGUAAUGCAUUUGAUGAAAAUUUUAUAAAAAUAAAAGAAAUGGCAUUAAAAUUAGGAAAACUUGAAACUAAAGGGAUAGCUACUGCCAGGCAUAGGAGAGCUUUAUCAAACAUUAUCAAAACGUUUAAUAAAUCAUACAGCGCUGAUAUACAUCUGAAUGAAAAUUAUGAAAUAUUGAGUAAUAGGAAUAUUACUCUUGACUCAAGUUCAGAUUCUGACUGUAUUAUUAAUGAAAUUCCAUCUCCUCAAAGUAAGAUGGUGAGAAAUCCAUUUAAUGUGUUAAAGCAACUUUCAGAAAAAAAUAAAUUUACUCCCAUUGCAAGCACUAGUAGACAAGUUAAUAUAAAUCAUAGUAAUAUUGAUGAAACAAUAUCAAAAGAAAAUGAAAAUAAAUAUAAUGAAUUAGUCACAAAAUAUUUUGACAAAAAUUGGUUACCAAAUGAAAGUGAUUUUGGUAGAGCAGAAGUACCUCCAAAGAGCUUGAUGAAUUUUCGGAUUGUAAAUACAAACAAAGAAGAAUUUUUAUAUGACUUUAUAAAGAACCAGUCUUGUUUUGACAACUGGUUAGAUAUAAAAAUCUCAUUUUAUAAAAGUAUGGAAGUAGCUACUGCUGUUUUUCAAGAUGAUAUUGAAAAAUCAAAUACUUUUGAAGUAAAUUCUUUAAUAAAAUCUGAAGAUUGUACAAAUACGGCUUCAGUACUAAAAAAAUUGAGUAUAAUACCCAACAAUACAGCUGUUCAUCAUGAAUCUACAUUAAGUAUAGAUUUUGAUGUGUACAAUAGAGAUGUGCAGAAUUUUAAGAAAAGCAAUCCACCUAUACCUCAUUUUCGUGUAAUAUGUGUGAAUGAAGCGUCUACAUUACCAUCUGGAGCGGAAAUCAGCGCUCUCAUCUCCAAAUACGAGGACCAGGUACCUAUAGUUUUCGCUGCUGUAGGUGUUUCUUCAAUAUCAUACAUACAAGUCAUGCCAAAUAAUUUGCCCGUGUACAUACCAGCUAGUGAUGUACAUUGAUUGAUUUGUUUAAAACUUAUAUUGUUCAUAAUAAAUAUGAAAGUUUCAGGA